AUGUCCAGAAGAGUCUUAAAAAUAUUUACUCCUCCAACAGUUCCUGAAGGUUAAGGUGCAUAAGUUAUAAGAAUCAUUGGUAAAUAUUUAGUUUUGAUAACAUUCUAGGCAAUAAUCAUCUUCGUAGUCUUAAUCCAUUUAUGAUGCUCGAUCAUGCAUUUGUUAAAUUACCUGCAGGCUUUCCUGAUCAUCCUCAUAGAGGAUUUGAAACAGUUAGUUACUUGUUAAAAGGUUCUUUCUAUCAUGAAGACAGCAAAGGAUUUUCAGGUCAUUUAUAACCUGGAGAUAUAUAAUGGAUGACUGCUGGAAAAGGUGUGAUGCAUGCUGAGAUGCCAGGAAGUUGGGAUGAAUUAACAUCUGGAUUCUAAUUAUGGAUAAAUUUACAAGCUAAAUUCAAGAUGGUAGAACCAUAAUAUUAAGAAAUCAAAAAAGACUUAAUACCUGAAGCUAAAUAAAAUGGAGUCUUAGUUCGUGUUAUUGCAGGUGAGGCUUUAGGUGUGAAAGGUCCAAUUUAUACAAGGACUCCUGCUUUCUUUUUAGAUGUAAAAUUAGAUGAAAAUUCUGAAUUCUUAUAAAGGAUACCAUUGAAAUGGAAUUCUAUAUGUUAUGUAUAUGAAGGAUAAGGAUAAUUUGGUGGACAAAAUGCCAAUUAGCAUUAAGUUGUUCACUUAGAUAUUAAUGAUAAGGAAGAAGUCUUAAAAGUUAAGACUGGAACAUAAAAAUGUCAUUUCAUUAUGAUUGCUGGAGAACCUAUUGAUGAACCUUUUGUGUAGCAUGGACCUUUUGUUAUGAACACAAAGGAAGAAAUUCAAUAGGCAUUUUAAGAUUAUUAUGAAUAAAAGAAUGGAUUUGAAGGAGCUCAUUCUUGGAAGUCUAAAAUCUAAAAUCUCAGCAAAAAGAGAUAAUGAUU